CUCCAUCCUCUUCAGCUUCCUUCCAAACACCAAAAUUCCUCCUCACCGGCCAACCUCUUCAGAUAUUCUCCGAAGCUUUUUUUGACUCGGCUGAGUUGAAAGAUAUAGGAACUGCUCUGUCGUACAAUGGGUAUUUGCAGUUCGUCUAGUUCGACGGACGUGGCCACGGCCAAGCUCGUUUUACAAGACGGUCGGCUUCAAGAAUUCUCGUACCCGGUAAAGGUUUCUUAUCUACUACAAAAGAACCCCACGUGUUUCAUCUGCAACGCCGACGAGAUGGACUUCGACGACGUUCUCUUGGCGGUGAACGACGACGAAGAGCUUCAAGUGGGUCAGCUAUAUUUCGCUUUGCCAUUGAGUAAGCUAAAGCACCCACUGCAGCCUGAAGAAAUGGCUGCAUUGGCUGUCAAAGCAAGCUCCGCGUUGAUGAAAGGAAGAGGGGGUGAGAAAUUUGGGUGUGGCCGGAAACCAGUUGCUCCUUUGGUUUUUCAAGGAAGGGCAAUCGCCUGCGAUGCCGGAGGGGGGUUGAGAAGGGGUAGGAAUGGUGGUGGUAGCGGUGGAAAGGGAAAGUUUACGGCACUGUUGAGUGCAAUACCCGAGUAGGGUUACUUUGGGAAAUGAAAAUGGGUUAGAUUUGUAAAUAGCGUAGCCAUCUGAGGUUCAAAUGUUUUGUAGCAUUUGUGGUAGUAGAGCUGUUUUUCUGUAGAUGUGAUAUUGUGAUGGGGUUGGGUAGCACUGUCACCCCUCUCAAAGUUUACUUUUGCCUGUCA